AACAAACAAUCCAACAACUCUAGUGACGAGACCCUUAAAUUCCAUGGAGAAAAUGCUGCCCCUCUCCUUUCCAUUCUGCAUUUAAAAACAGACAGCCCAGUGAGAUUUGCAUCUCCACAUAUAAACAAUUGCCUACUAAUUCUAUCACAAGGGAGGAAGAAAGACUGCGUGACUGAGAUAAGGGUAGGUCAUCCACACGGGUUUCAUGGGGACUAAGGGAUUCACUCUUCUCUUCAUUCUCAUCUUGGCAUCGCUCAUCUCAGUUUCAUCUGCUGGUGGGCAGCGGAGGUUUUUCAAUAAACAUGCAGUACACAUGGGAUCUAUGAUGAAGGAGUCAGCAAAGAAGGUUGGGCACCAUGAACAAGCCUUUGCUGCCCAUUCCAGAGUUCUCAAAGCUAAUACAAAUGACUAUGGAAGCUACGAUCCUUCCCCAUCUCUCUCCAAGCCUCCUUUCAAACUCAUACCUAACUGAUGUCGUUCUCCAUCUCGGGCCGUGGCACUAAAUAAUCCAGUGUUCUGCACUUUAUGGGCACUUAGAAAUGAUAGGCACGUUUAUGGUCUGAGAUACAUAUGCUACAUAAGUAAAGAGGUAUAGUAUUUGUAAUAUAACUCCCAUUAUGCUGAAUCGACUCAUCAGGGCUUCUCCAUAUUACUCUAAUAUUGCUUGUGCAUAGGAACCAUGAGCCUUGACUGUGAUAUAUUAAGCCAUUCAGCUAUUUGAGAAGAUGAGACUUUCUAUGAUCUUGUGACAAA